AUGGAGGGAACUUCAUCGUCCUCCAGGGCCUCUACUGAUGAUGAUCAUCUAUUAGUUGACGAUUUCUACUUUUCAGCCCUUUACGAUGCUGAAGAAGUUUUUCCAAUCUCGGAUGAGAAAUAUGCAGAAGAGUUACAACUACAAGAAGCCUUAUACUCCUCUGCAACGUCAAGAACUAGAGUUGAAAAUGAUGUUAUCAAAAUGGGUGCACAAGUUGAGAGUGACACCCCUUUGAGAAUCCUCAAGAGGAAACAAAAAGAGGUUGGUCAAUCUUCCCAAUCCCAUGUCUACUGUGGUAUUUGCAUGGAAGCAAAACCUGGUGAAGAGAUGUUUAGGAACCAAAACUGUUCUCACUCGUUUUGUGAUGAUUGUAUUGUGAGAUAUGUUGCUGCAAAGAUUCAAGAGAAUAUAUCGAUGGUUAAAUGCCCUGAUACUAAAUGCAAGGGUGUUUUGGAGCCUCAGUGUUGUCGUUCAAUUAUUCCAAAGGAUGUGUUUGAUCGAUGGGAAAAUGCCCUUUGUGAGAAUUUGGUGCUUGCAUCACAAAAAUUUUAUUGCCCUUUUAAGAAUUGUUCAGCUAUGUUGGUGUGUGAUGCUGAGGAAGUUAUCACUACUUCUGAGUGUCCACAUUGUAAUAGAUUGUUUUGUGCACAGUGCAAGGUUGCAUGGCAUGCAGGAAUGGAUUGUGAGAGGUAUAGGCGCUUGAAGGAGGGUGAUAGAGUUACGGAAGAACAAAUGAUAAUGGAACUUGCGAAGAACAAGAGUUGGAGAAGAUGUUCCAAAUGCAAGUUCUAUGUGGAGAAAGUUGAUGGAUGUUCACAUAUUUCUUGCAGAUGUGGUAAUGAAUUUUGCUACGCUUGUGGAUCAUCCUGGAAUCAGCACCAUGCAUGUAGCCCUCAUUAA